CUUGAUGCUUUUAGUUCUUUGCUUGUCUAAACGUGAGGUCUACAUAUUUGAUUCUCAACAGAAGAAGAGAAAUUUGAUGAUUAAGGAGCCACUAAACAAUGCUUUUCGGAGUUACAAGAGACUAGGUGGACAAUCUAAGGGAACUAAAUUAACAUGGAUUCCAGCACAGUGUGCUCAACAACCGGGAUCACUAGAUUGUGGCUACUACGUCAUGCGUUUUAUGUACGACAUAAUAAUGAAUCAUGGUAAUAGUCAAGAUCUUACUAAGGAUUUUUCAAGAACAUUGCCUUAUUCACCGGAGGAGAUUAAUGAGGUGAAAGAUUUUUGGGCAGAUUACUUCAUGAACAAUGUCGAAUUUUUAGCUUAAUUUGUAAUAUGAACUUGAUCUCUAGCUAGCUACG